AGAAAGAGAGACUUUGGAGCGAGAGGAAGAGUGCGUGAAGAGCGAGAGGAAGGCUAGGAAAGAGAGUAAGGAGGCUGGAAGUGGGAGUGUUGGUGAGAGAGGCAGGGAAGGGAAGGGAAGAGAGGAGAGGAGUGCAAGGGCCUGGCUGCGUGCCUCCUUGGACCUGGAGGGCUUCCCUCUCGCCUAGUGGGCAGGCUCUGGCGGGGCCUGCGCUUCUCCAUUAGCGGGCUGUGCCUCCGCCCCUCACUCCUCUCUCUCUCUCUCUCUGGCCCUCCGUGCUUGUCUCUUUCUCCUGCUCGGGUGGCGAGGCCUCCGGGCCCCAUGCGGCUGCCUUCCUUUCCUGGCUGGAGGGCUCAAGCAGAGCGAGGCGGGCGACGAAGAGGAAACUGAGGCAGGAGCCAGAGCAGCUGCCUCGCAGAGGACGCCGAGAAGAGGAGGAGGAGGAGGAGGAAACCCGGCAGCUGCAGCCACGCUGGAGGUUCGCGACGGAGCAGCGGCCGCCCCCCGGGCACGUAUAUUGACUAUUGAAGGAAGUCAUCAUCCCAUUCUACAAUAUUCUACAUCGGUCAGAUCUCACAUAGAAUACUGUCCUGUUCUGCGACCACAAUUCAAGAAGAACACAGACAAGCUAGAGCAUAUCCAGAGAAAGGCGACCAAAACUAUGAAAGGCAGGUCAGUCAUGAGACGGAUCAUACUUGCAAUUCUCCUGGCUGCUGGAGUGAUGUAUGUUAUACUACAUUGCAACCUCUGGAGGACCAACGGCUAUUGGCUGCCACCUACAGAUUUCGACAGAAAAAUGCAACUAAUGCCUUGCACUCCCAAACCCAGCAACUCAACUUUAGUAAAGCGGGAACACCCUCGCUUGCAGACACCUCCUGUCACAACCACCAUGAUGAAGAAAGAACCAGAAAAGACUUCACUUUGGCAGGGAAUGGUUCCUCUUUGUUCUGAGUCUCGGCUACAGCAAAACCUCAAAGAGGAGAAUGAAAAAUUGAACUUGCCAGUGGGCAGGUUUCCUGCGCUCUAUCCCUUCCUGUGUUCUCAUAAUUUUCAGCAAGUGUCUGAGCUCCAUGGAAGUUUCAGCUUUGAAUUACCUUAUGGAAUAAGGAGAGCAGAAAGAUUUUUUCAGCUGGCACUUUCAAAACUGAGUAAUUGUGGACUGUUUACUGAAGAUGAUAGCAGUCCAUCCUGCAAAAAAUGUGUGGUGGUUGGCAAUGGAGGUGUCCUUCGAAACAAAAGUCUGGGGGAGACAAUUGAUUCCUUUGAUGUGGUGAUCAGAAUGAAUAAUGGACCUGUUGUAGGCUAUGAAGAAGAUGUUGGAAGGAGGACAACAUACCGGCUCUUCUACCCAGAGUCUGUAUUUUCAGAUCCUAUUCACUAUGACCCUAACACAACUGCAGUUCUUGUGGUUUUCAAACCCCAUGACUUAAAAUGGCUUUGGGAUUUAUUGAGUGGACAGCGUUUAAUCAAAACUUCUGCAUUUUGGAAGAAACCAGCGUUGCAAUUGAUUUACAACCCCCAACAAAUCAGAAUCCUUGAUCCCGCCAUUACAAGAAGAACAGCACAUGAUUUCCUUAAUUUGCCUACAAAGUUUUCCAGACCCGAAAGACCCAAACAUCCCACAACAGGAUUGAUUGCCAUCACAUUUGCAUUACAAAUAUGCAGCGAAGUUCACCUGGCAGGUUUCAAGUACAACCUUAAUGAUCGAAACAGUUCAUUGCACUAUUAUGGCAAUGACACUAUGUCUCAGAUGAUUCAGAAUGCAUAUCACGAUAUUGCUGUGGAACAACGGUUUUUGAAGGAACUCAUAGAUCACAGAAUCUUGAUCAAUCUGACAUAAGAUUAAAACUGGAAGAACAAUAACAAUGUUCUAGAAGACUGGCUUUGGCAGAGUAUCUCUUUUUUAUUUGGACUUUUUUAUUUUUUGGAAGUAUUUAUCUGAUUUGCCAAGAAGAGGCAAAUGUAUGCCAUGCUGUGCAGAACUUCCAGGUCUCAUAUAAAAACAGGAACAUUUCUACGUUGACUGUUAAUUGAGCGCAAGCAAGCACCAAGCAAGCAACGCCAUUAACUGACACAUGUGAAUUAAUUUAAUAAUGGAAAAAAUGCUGGACACGCUUUAAUAUGGCAGUCUUACUUCUAGCCAGAUUCUUCUCUACCUCCUUGCCUGCUCUCCUCAUGAACAUCUAGCACCUAAAUCUUCUGAAGUGGAUUUGGAAGGUAAAGAGUAAGGUACAUUGUGGAGAGGUGUACAUAUUUUCCACCCCUCGUCCAAAUUUAAACAUGGGUGGAAAAAAAAGUUGCAGAAAUUACAGCACAGUAUAGUGGGGGGUGUCUAUAAUUGAAUUUAGUUCUUGGAUGUAAAGUAUGCAAAAAAUCAUGUAGUUUUUUUUAGAAUGAAGCUACACACUUUGGCUUUAUCAACAAGCUAACAAUACAAAAAGAGUUAAGGUGUUGUACAGAUGAUCGGGACCUAGUGCAUUACUGUUUGCUUUAUGCCUAAUGUUCAUAACAUGGUUUGCCUGAUGCUUCCUGACAGCCUGGGUCUUUCCAUGGGAAUGGUUUAAGAUUCAUAAAAAGGAGGUUAAAAGUUGUCUUUGAAUUAUGGAACCACAAGUGAAUCAAAAAGUGGUUGUUCUUUUUCUGAAGCUCCUACAUUUCAAAAUGGUUUAGUUGUACAUGAGUUGAUGCCCAUGUACCCAAGCUGCUGAUUCGCACACAAAAUUGGAGAUCAUGGGUGGACCUUGUUCUUAAAGUUUCUAGAAUGGUUGAUUUUUAGUCCAAACAAUCAGUGUUUCAGAAUUCUUUGAAGUUAUGAUCCAAAAGCCAUAAUUUCUGUAUAUUGUGGAAACUAAGAACACUUGAAGGGUUGUGCAAAUGCAUGAUACCAUUUUCACCUUUGGCUAUAAUGUUAAGAUGUCUGAAUAUAAAAGAAAGGAAAAAUGGAAAUUCUUCAAAAUGAGAUGCUCUGGUGGUGAUUGCAUUCGUAGUUUAGUCCAUGCUCUGCUUGCAAGUCUCACAAAAAUCUUAAGUGAAUGAACAUAUACCAUGUGUUGUCGAAAGCUUUCAUGUCUGGAAUCACUAGGUUGCUGAGAGUUUUCUGGGCUGUAUGGCUAUGUUCCAGAAGUAUUCUCUCCUGAAGUUUCACCCACAUCUAUGGCAGGCAUCCUCAGAGGUGGAGGGGUCUGUUGGUAACUAGGCAAGUGAGGUUUAUAUAUGUUAUUUGAGAAGACAGAAAUGCUGGACCAUUCUAACAACUACCAUGUCAGACUACACAGAGAAGCAACUAAAAUCCACAAGCAUGUGGACAAUUUCAACAGAACAGAGGAAAUCAUUAAAAUGAGCAAAGUCUGGCUACCAGUGUUAAACAACUCUAAAAUUAAAAUAGUAAAUAAAGAGCAACACUCAAAAAGCAGGGGAAUUCCAGACAAUAAUCAAUCAGGGCCAGCUAACACAUCCCAACAAUGGAUUCCCCCAGGCAGCAACCAGCCAGACAUUGAAGCCUUUAAAUGCUAAUUAAGGUAGCAAUUUGCAACAUUCAACCUGCCUCAAGCAGACAAGAGUUCUUUCUCCCACCAUGAACAUUCCACAGAUCUAUAAACCUCAUUUGCCUUGUUUCCAACAGAUCCCUCAACCUCUGAGGAUGCCUGCCAUAGAUGUGGGCAAAACAUCAGGAGAGAAUGCUUCUGGAACAUGGCCAUACAGUCCAGAAAACUCACAGCAACCCAACAUAUUCCAUAUUAUAGGCUUUCCCUAGGCAAUCCCUCCAUUUACUUGACACCCUCAAAGCAGUGGAAAAGGAACUUUCACAUAUGUUGAUUUUGUCUUACCUAUAUGGUUUCAAUUGCUUAAUGUGAGUUCCUCCUGCUGUAUAGCAUGUUAUGGCAGACGACUGGCAGCAACAUGCCAUGGAAGGUUCUGGGAAGUUCAGGAUAUUCACGUACUGUCUUUUGUAUACUAUAUGGCAGGUGGAAGAAUAAAACAUGUCUCCAAGUUUGCUCUUGUUUUACACUACUUAUGUUUGGCAUAUCUACAAGAAAAGGGACUAUCUUUAACUUUCCACAUAUUUAUAUAUUCUACUUUUUCUUCCAUUAUCACAGACUUGCAAUGUAAGACCAUGACUAAUCCAAGUUCCUAGUAAGCUUUAUGGUCAAGCUAGAAUUGGAACCUGGGUCUUCUCAUCUCCAGACUCUCACUCUAAGAUGGCAGGGCAAUUUUUGCAUGCCUCCAGAUGUUUUUAAAUUAGACACCUCAACAGCCCUAGCAAAAGUGGUUAAGGAUCCUGGCAGUUCUAAUUAAAAGGCAUUAGAACAGGCAUGGGCAAACUUCGGCCCUCCAGGUGUUUUGGACUCCAACUCCCACAAUUCCUAUCAGCCUAUCGGCUGCUAGGAAUUGUAGGAGUUGAAGUCCAAAACACCUGGAGGGCCAAAGUUUGCCCAUGCCUGCAUUAGAAGGACUGCAUGAUUCUCACCUCUGUUUUGACCCUUAUAUCAUACUGGCUCUUUAUUGUUAGAUUGCAGUUCUAACAGCUUUAGCUAACAUAAUCAAUGCUAACAAAUGAUGGGAUUUUCAUCAUUACAUCAUUGGGGAUGAGCCACAAUGUAAGCUAUACAACAUCACCUAGCCAAUGACUCUUAAAAGCACAAAGAGCUAGUAAAGGCAGGUGGAAAGCCGAGGAUUAGCAAUGCAACUUCUCCUAGAGAAAAAAAAAUAGCGCCAUAUAGAAAUCUAGAAUGCUUACAGUGUUAUAUUUAGAAAGGUAGCGUAGGCAAGAAAGGCCUAUGUAGGUCUCCAUUUACCUGCUUGUUGUGCCACAUCUUUAAAAUGUCACAAAUAUGAUAUCUAGUUUUGUUGGAAUGCAUUGCUUGUUGCUUCAUGUCCUUUUGUUCCUGAGAGCAACUGUUUGUUUUCUCAUUGCCUAAGCCAAAGAUCACAAUGAUUCUUCCCAAGGAAGAUGGAUCUAAGUUUCUGGAUCUCUUUCAUUUCAGUUUUAAUCCCAGUUCUCUCUAAUUUAAUUAGAGCACUUUUGGUAAACCCUUAAUGUGUCUUAACCUGUUAUUUGCUGAAUGUUUUUCUAUAAACUUCUUAUCUCUUUGCAACUCUUGUAUAUCUUUUACGCUGUUUUGUCUACUCCUUYCCCUUUGUUCUGAAACACAGCUGAUUGCUAUUCYCUGAGAGAUAGAAACUGAUUACAGGUAAAUGUAAUAUCAUGUUUAUAAACCUUGCACCAUUGAGUUAUCUUCUCUGUUAAAAUAAAUGUCAUUUUAUACCAUACUAUGACAYGUUGACGGCUUAAACCUAUUCGGCUAGAAGAUCAACAAGGGUGGGAAAAGGAUCCGAGAUGACCRAACUGGUAUACAUACACUAUGAGAAUGAAAGAUGCAGAAAAGGCCAGUUUUAUCCUCUUCAGUAUUUGGGAUCUGAUAAAUUAUAGCCCUCUUUGAGGGGGAAUAAUGAAGUAAGAUGAUAAUUGGGUGUKUAUAUGUGCCUUCAAGUUGCCUCUUGGCUUAUGGCACCCCUGUGCAUUCUCCAAGGUUUAUAGCAAUUACAUAAUCCUAAAUAAAUUUACCUCUAAAUGCUUUUCUUUUGUAUGUAUUUCUCCAUCUUAAUUUCCUUAACAUUUAAAAUGUAGUUCUUUUAUGCUUUUAUAUAUACUUGUGGGAGAGAAGAUUUGUAUCUUGAUCAAUGGGAAUAUUCAUGGCAUUUCACUUUUGCUUUGAUGUCUAUGUACCACAAAUUUUGAUACCCAUUGUUACUUUUUGUUUAAAGUGGAAUUUUAAUGUUGUGAAUAAAAAGAGAGCUAUUUUUGUUAUAAUAAACAUGUUAAAAUGCUA